GUUUCUCAUCAGCCCCCACUUUCUUGAAUUUCUGCAAGAAUUUUCAACGCUAUGGUCGGCUAAGCUCCAAGAAAAGUAGAAACCAAGCACAUCCACACCCUCCCAGAUCGUCCAUUCGGAUACAUCUUGUUUGCCGGGCCUCCAACCCGUCAGGAAUCGCGGGUCAUAAUCAUGAUAUCUUCACCGGCGCUCUAUUUCAAUGAGCUCUAGUUGGAACACUAUUUCAUCAGAUCUGACAUUAUUCGAAUCUGAGGGCAGUACUUGCUCUAUCCAGUCGACGGCGUAUGAACGCCUUGAGCUGUCCCGUCUUCGCCUACAUCAAUCUUUGCUACUUCCAACUCAGCCCCACACUGUCCGUUAUCUGUACGUCAGUCUGCCGGAUGUCCAGCUUCACCACCGACGACCAAAAUCCCCACAUACACCCCCACAUACAAUGCACCGCACCCCAGCGCUUAGUCCGAGCGAACACCGGGGCUGGCGAACACGAUUC